AUGCGGUCUUCUGUUUUUGCUGCUCUCAUCGGGCUUGUGGCUGCUCAAUCACCAGCUCAAUCGAAUCUAACGACCAGCAGCACUUCGUUGAGCGCAGCCGCAUCACUCGUAACUUCAACGUUGUCCUACUCAGCGACCCUCAGCAGUGCCGGUGCAGCCAUUACUGUAGCGUUAGACGGCUCAGGUCAAUACACUGCCGUCAAUGCUGCUGUCAGCGCAGCACAAAUUAGCGGUGUCCCCACCGUGACAGUCUUGCCUGGCACCUACUUGGAGGCAGUGAGUAUCGUAGGCACGGCCACGGUGACCAUAGUUGGAGCUACUACCACCACUGCUGCAGACUGGUCCCAGAAUCAAGUGGUCAUCUCCAGCACUGGUGCAGCUCUCACCAUCGGCUCAAGCAGUGCCAAAGGCGUUACACUCAGGAACAUCAACUUCAUUACCACAGCCUCCGCAGCCAAUGCAGCUGCACUCGCUCUGCGGGGCAAUAACAUCGCAUUCUACGGAUGUUCCAUUGUCUCUCCGGGAGCUACCGCAGUAUCUGCGUCGUACGGUCUCACGGUCUUUGCCUACUCCAGGAUCGAGGGGACAGACAAGAUCUUCUACAACGUCCCUUCAAUGUACAUUUACAAGUCGACAAUUGUACCACUGUCCACAGGUGCUAGUGUCGUGUUCUCGAAGGGUGCGACCGUGGGUUCUACCUUCUACAACUCGACAGUCGUUUUCGAUUCGAGUUCGAUCGAGCAAAAGGCUGGCUACAGCAACACUGGUGUGUUCUUAGCGGCACCCAAUGGAGCUGGUUCUACCGUCAUCUACCGCAACGUUGCAAUGGGAAGUCUGAUCUCGACAUCCGGCUUCCAUCCUACAGCUGCCACUGUCUCGUCGUUCUACGGCGAGUUUGCUAACACGGGUGCUGGAUCAUACGUUCGCAAUGCAGCGACCCGCCCUCCGUACGAUAGCCUGCUCACAGCCGAUCAGGUGUCGCAGUACACGAUUGACAAGGUCUUUACGAAUGCUUUCGCUCCUUACGGCAGCUCUUCGACUUCAUGGAUUGACUCAUCAGUUUUGUCUUCUGUGGCCGACUCUGACGCUGCGCAGCUCUCGGCGGCUGCUGCCUCUUCAACGUCUUCAACAUUUUCAACAUUUUCGACUUCUUCACUCACACCUUCCAGCACCGCGAACGCCACUGUGUCAGCAAGCCUCAGUGCUACUGCGUCAGCAAGCCUUAAUGCUACUGUGUCAGCAAGUCUUAGUGCUACUGCCUCAUCGACGGCAUCUUCAUGCGCGCCUUCCGCCACCCUGAUCGUAUCGAAGGAUUCAGGUCUGGAAUGUGCUUAUAACAACGUCACCGCUGCCAUCGCCGCUCUGCCGAACGACUCUCAGGCAUACACCAUUCAGAUUGGAGCUGGUGUCUACAACGAGCAGAUCUCGAUCACUCGUAAGGGCAAAGUCACAUUGAUCGGCGCUACAAACAGCACCCGCGACUAUACCCAAAACCAAGUGACUAUCCAGACCUCGAACGGUGUCCUAACCAGCGCUGGUCGGAAUGAGAUUACACCCGCCAUUUACGCGAAGAAGACCAGUGACAACUCAGGCUUGGCGCUGUACAACAUCAACUUUGCCAAUGUCUACCCGCAGACAAAGGAUACAGCUGCUCUGGCUGCCGACUUCUAUGGGUCGAACAUGGCCGCAUACGGAUGCUCCUUCACCGGGUUCCAGGAUACUCUCUUGGCCAACAAAGGCACUCAGGUCUUCUCCAACUGCUACAUUGAAGGGUCUGUCGACUUCAUCUGGGGUUAUUCGACCGCAUUCUUUCAUCAAUGCAUGAUCAUCACGAACACCCCCGGCACCUGUAUCGCGGCGCAAUCUCGACAGACAGCCACUGCCACCGGUGGAUACGUGUUCGAUCGGUCUGUCAUUACCUACAGCUCCACCUACGGCAGCGUGUUUGGCACGAGCUAUUUAGGGCGUCCUUACUCCGAGAACUCGAUUGCAGUCUACACAAACUCUUUCAUCGACAAGCACAUUUCUGCCGCUGGAUGGUCGGUUUGGUCAACAAGCUCUCCUCAAACCUCGAACAUCAUGUUUGGUGAAUAUGCCAACACCGGCCCUGGCUCGUGGCAAGCUACUACGCAGCGUGCUAUCUUCGCGACAAAUUUGACGACUGCCCAAGCAGCGCAAUACGAGCUUGCUGCCUGGAUCGGUGAUACCACAUGGCUCGAUCAGACGGCCUACGACUAUGUCCCAUCCUAUAGCUUGACAGGUACUUCGACCUCAACCUCAACUUCGCCCUCGACCAACACCACAACUUCCACCGGGAGCACGACCACUUCAAUCAUUAAUGCUCAUCCUGAUAGCGGUUCAGCCCCUCCAGCUGGUGCAAUUAUUGUUUCGGUCGAUGGAAGUCACAAUGCUUCCUACACGAAUUUUACCGCGGCUCUCGCGUCCUUGCCGAAGGACAACACAAACCAGACGAUCUUCCUGUACUCCGGUAGCUACAACGAGCAGGUGCCUACUAUCAACCGUCCUGGUGCCGUCAGAAUCAUUGGGUACACCGCAGGGAACUCUGGCCAGUCCUACAAGGACAACACUGUUACGAUUACAUUUUCGCAUGGUCUUUCUGUCUCGCCACUUCCCGUUGGCCACUCGGACGCCGAGACUGCUACCAUACAGACAGCCUCGAGCCGCAUCAGCUUCUACAACAUUGCCAUAAUCAACACUGAUAACCUCGAUGGUGCUCAAGCGUCUUAUGUCACACUCGCAGCUUCCAUCUAUGGCAACGAUAUCGCUUUCUAUGGCUGCUCGUUCGACGGAUGGCAAGACACGCUACUCACUGGUGCUACCAACGGCUACCAGUACUAUGAGUCUUGCUACGUCGGUGGUGCAAUUGAUUUUGUCUGGGGAUACUCAAAGGCGUACUUCAAAGGCUGCACAAUCGGUGCCAAGCGCAAGUCUUCUGCCAUCACCGCUCACAGCAGAGCCUCAAUGUCUGCCAUUGGAGGCUAUAUCUUCGAUAACUGCCUGUUCACGGCUGCUCCAGGCGUUGCCGACGAUCUCACAAACAAGGUCUACCUGGGUCGUCCCUACUCUGCAUAUGCGCUUGUCGUAAUCAAGAACAGCUAUAUUGACUCGACAAUAGCGCCUGCAGGAUGGAAGAUUUGGAGUGCUUCUGAUCCACGAACAGACCACGUGAUAUUCGCCGAAUUCAAUAACAGCGGCCCGUCGAACUGGGAGAACAACGUCGCUGCCCGGGAGGCCUUCGGCUUUGCCACACUUCUUGCCUCGGAUACCUACUCACUUCCUUCGGUAUUGGACUCGACGGAGUGGAUCGAUAUGACCUACUGGAACUCGAUUGUGACACCGGUCCCUGCCACUGCGGCGCCUUCUGUCCCCAGUAAUACCACUGUUAGCGGUAAUUCUACCGCAGAUGGCACAACCCCACCAAGUGGUGCUCUCAUCGUUUCUAAGGGUCCUAUCGCCGGUACCACGACUUACCAGACCAUUCAAGAUGCCUUGAACGCUGCGCCAACUACCAGCAAGACUAACGCAACCAUCUUCAUCUACCCCGGCGUGUACAACGAACAGCUCAUCGUCAACAAGUCCGGCACUACCAUUUUCAUGGGCUACAGCAAUGCUACGGAUGACUACUCACAAAAUCAGGUCUCGAUCGAGUUUAACCGCGGCAUUGACACUCAGGGCACGGAGGGAAGCAAUACCGACGGAGCGACUGUGUACGCCACUGGCAACUACUUCUACGCGUAUAACAUCAACUUCCGCAACACGGCCGGCACGACUCAGAAUAUUGCCUCGCUGGGCUUCGCAGUGAAGAGCAGUAAGUAUGCUGCCUUGUAUGGAUGCCAGAUCUAUGGAAAUCAAGAUACCCUCUCUGUCUCAGGAUAUCUGUUCACCUUCAAGACCUACAUUGAAGGAAAUGUGGAUUUCAUCUACGGCAACGGAGCUGCAUACUUCCUCGAAUCGACCAUCGCACCGAACGAGGACAGCAUCAGCAUCACCGCGGGCAAACGCACUACCAAUGCGACUGCUGCCGGCUUCGUCUUCGAUCAGUGCACCCUAAAGCCUGCAUCAGGCACAGGUCCCUUCAAAAAUGUGGGACUUGGCAGACCGUGGAACAGCAAUGCACGGGUGGCGUUUGUUGAUAGCUACCUCGAUUUGAUGAUCAGCGCCGCGGGGUGGAAUCAGUGGAGCAAGUCGUCGCCUCAAACCAGUGGUGUGACAUUUGGAGAGUAUCACAACUAUGGGCCAGGCUCGAGUAUCUGCGGCCGUGCAUCUUUUUCGCAGCAGCUUUCGGACGCCGAUGUUGUGCAAUUCCAGCUUGCCAACUUCUUUGCAUCUACCAUGUUCAUCGAUUUCUCUCGCGUGGACACCCAGCCUUUCACCGUAGGAAUAGGCACUGCUCAGGUCUGUGCUACUGCAUCGUCUUUGGCAGUCUCAGCUUCCAGCACUUCCAUGAGUUCGAGUACAGCUUCUUCCUCAAGUCUCAUCUCUACCUCCUCGCUCCCAGUCGUUACCGUCUACACAACAACCACAGCUGUCAUCAAGCUCACGGCUAGCACUACCAUCGUCCAGCCUGACGCUACCUCCACCACCAUCGUUAAGAUCACAUCGACUGCAUCAAUCACCGGUGCCGAUGUGGUUAAGACCGUGGUCAACAAGGAAACCGCGACCGUCUCGUACACUUCCCCCGACAUCACCUCCACCUCCACAGUUGUAACCACCGAAGACGACAGCCUCACGAUUACUCCAGAGGCUGUUACCAAGAGUAGUGUUGUCAAGGCGACCACGAUAACUGUGAGCCCCAAGCCUACUACGAUCACGCAGAGCGAGGGGACUACGGCCACGUUUGUCAACAGUAUCACGCCCAGGGGUAUCACUACAACAAUCAAGACGACCAUCUCGCUGGAGCCCAGCAGCACCAAAACUACGACCGUAAAGCCCAAAAACUCGGUCACCAUCAGCACCGUUUCUCCCAAGACGGUCACGAAAAAGACAACGACAACGGAGUCUUGCAUCCCCACCGAAUCUGCUCGCAUGCUCCGCCGCGGUGCUGUCAUUGCCCGCGCGGCUGCCAGCACUACGACGGUAACAAUCAGCAUUACUAUUACCAGCUUCGUCAAGACCGCUACAGCGACUCAGGCUGGAUUUACUGCUCUUGUCACUGAGACUUCAGUCGCCAAGAUCAAGACGUACACACAGCCAGGCGCGACCAGUACUUUGAGCAUAGGGUCUUAUGUCAAGACCACAACCAUCGCGCAAGCUGGCUCAACCGACUGGACCACUGAGACGUCGACGAAGACGAUCGGCGAGACCACCACCCUGAAAGCCUCCACGACAACUGCUUUGUCCACCAGCUACGUCACGGAGCAGCAAUUGCAGACUGUGACGCCCGAGGCUGUAACAAUCAGCAGCCUCCAGACCCGCACAUCGACUCAGAUGUGA